AGACCUGUUACAUCCCGGCAACAAGGAAUUCAAUGUGACAUUUGCUUACAGUGGAACCACAGAACCUGUAACACUGGUAGGUUACCUUCCACACUUCAUUUUCAUUCAGUUUGUAAAACCCCCUUUGAUCUUUAAGGUGAUGUCAGAUAUUUUGCUACAUGAAAUCGUUCUAUAGCCGCUUACUUUUUUUUUUCAAAGGAAUUUCUCAACAAGAUUAUUGUGCCACUGUACGUACAGCUACCGGGAUAGAUUGGGUUUGCAAAGCCUGUCACUUUUUUAGUCCAGUGGCCGAGA